UUCAGCUUGAUUGAUUCCCGUGCUCACCCUCAGUCGACAUCAUCAAAUCUCACAGUUCAGGCGCAACAUUAUUCUUUUCUGUUCCUCAUCUGCUGACCUUGCGCUGUCACAUUGAUUGCUUCAUUCAUCCCACAGAAACAGAUAUCAUGGCACCCACCACCGAUCGCCAGCUCGAGGCUGCCAACCCCCAGGCUCAGGAGCCUAUCCAGAUGACGCAGCCAAGCUCGCAGCAAGCUAUGGACCCCCAACAAGCUCACCCUCACACGGAUGAGCCCGAGAUGAACCUCCGUGGCGGCGAGGAUUGUGGUGGCUGGUGCCGUGGCCGCUUUUGCUUCAUUAUUCCCUGCCCUAUUCCUAUCAACUGCUGUGUUUUCCCUUGCCCUUGUUAAGCAGAGUUGGAGCAUGCGCGCGCGCUUUUUGUUUAUCGUUGAAUACAUACAUGGUUCAUAUCGUUAGCGGGAAUACAAGCUGCAGUUUUCGAUCGCCUUGUCGGGAUAUGAAUCGUUCCCUCUUACCAGCCUUUCCACAUCGGCCUUCCUUAGCCUUGUCCCGAUCUAGGCUUCACCAAAGCGCUGGGACCUGCAGCUGCAGCGAAGGCGAGGUACUCGGUCUCGCCUUUUGACCGUAGAAGGGUCUUUGGAAGUGAAAGCGGCAUACACUGAAUGGGGUGCGUCUGAAGCACAUGCAUGUGAGAAGAACAAAUGAAUAACCAUUGAGCUAACAUA